AUGCUGAAAGUACGAAACUACGAUCUUGAUAUUAUAGUGAUAUAUAGACCGCCUCACACAAACAAACAACUGUUUGUAAAAGAACUGGAACGAGUAAUUCAACGAGUGCCGAUUAGUCGGGAUAUAAUCAUGUUCGGUGAUUACAAUAUUGAUAUUUUGGAAGAUAAAUUGGACCAUAUCGCUUGUAGUUAUCUUAAUAUGGUAUCAUCACGAGGAUUACAGUGUGGAAUUCAAGACAUAACCCGCGAGGCAGUGAGUGCGGAGCGACGGACAGCCACUUGCAUCGAUCAUGUGUUCGUUAGAACUGAGAGCGCGUCAGAGGUGCAAGCGUAUUUACUUACGAGUCCAUUAGCUGAUCAUUACCUAACGGGACUCACCGCUGUUAUAGACAUCGGCCGUGCCGCUAGUAAACACUCUUUUAAAAUUAACACCUUGUCCUCAAAUAACAACAAAAUCUCGGGUUCACAGAGCAUCCGAAUCAAUGAGAAAGGUACUUUGAAGUUUGUUCAACGAAUAUUUAGCAGAGGUAAAGGGAGUGAACCUCUAGCGUUAAAGGAAAUUUCGAAGACUUGUGGGCGACAGUCUCCGGUGGCGCGCCCGGCUAACAUGAAUCACACGCCUGCCCCGGACAGGCAACAGAAAGACUCCAAUGUUAAUCAGGUAGAGGAGAUGGAGACACAAGAAGUGGAGACUGUAGACACAGCUACUGAAAAGAUUUGGGAUGAAGAUUUUAUUAAAGAAUCUAAUGGUGAGGUUGUAAUGGGUGAAGUCAUGAAGAAUCAAGAGACAACAUCUACUGAUAUGCCGCUGGCUUGCGUUGAUGCUGAAAUGGAAGACGAUGAAGCGAGGUCAGAAGCAACCUUUCGCUUUACAGUGCACAAUUUCAGAAGCUUAAAGGAUUCUGUACUUUCACCACCAUGUUUUGUCCGCAACCUACCAUGGAAGAUUAUGGUAAUGCCUCGACAAGCACCAUCCCCAGACCGUCAGCAGCAGAAGUCUCUAGGUUUCUUCCUUCAAUGUAACGGAGAGAGUGAAUCUUCUAGCUGGUCAUGUUAUGCUAUGGCAGAACUGAGACUUCUUUCUCAGAAACCAGACACUGAGCCCUUCUCUAGAAAAAUUCAACAUUUGUUUUACAGUAAGGAAAACGAUUGGGGUUUUUCUCACUUUAUGUCAUGGAAUGAUGUACUGGAUCCUGAGAAAGGUUACAUCAAGGAUGAUUCUAUUACUCUUGAGGUGCAUGUUACUGCUGAAGCACCACAUGGAGUAUCUUGGGAUUCUAAGAAACAUACUGGUUAUGUUGGUCUUAAAAACCAGGGUGCGACAUGUUAUAUGAAUUCGUUGUUACAAACACUUUAUUUUACAAAUCAAUUGCGAAAAGCUGUAUACAAAAUGCCCACAGAAUCUGAUGAUAGUACAAGGUCUGUUGCAUUGGCACUACAGAGAGUAUUCUAUGAAUUACAAUUUUCUGAUAAGCCUGUUGGCACCAAGAAGUUAACCAAAAGUUUUGGUUGGGAGACACUUGAUUCUUUUAUGCAGCAUGAUGUUCAGGAGUUUUUGAGGGUACUUUUGGAUAAACUGGAGAGUAAAAUGAAGGGUACAUGUGUGGAAGGAACGGUACCACGUCUAUUUGAGGGUAAAAUGACUUCUUAUAUCAAGUGCAAGAAUGUGAAUGUGUCCAGCACACGCGUGGAAACUUUCUAUGAUAUACAGCUGAAUAUAAAGGGAAAGAAAAACAUUGAUGAAUCAUUCAAAGAUUACAUUAGUACUGAGACAUUGGACGGUGAGAACAAGUAUGACGCUGGUGAGCAUGGGUUGCAGGAAGCUGAAAAAGGUGUUAUAUUUGCAUCUUUUCCACCAGUACUUCAUUUACACCUUAUGAGGUUCCAGUAUGACCCAAUCACCGACAGUUCUGUAAAGUUUAAUGAUAGGUUUGAGUUCUAUGAGCACAUUAAUUUAGAUGCAUACUUGCAAGAGAAACCUGAAAUUCCAGCUGAUUAUACAUUGCAUGCAGUUCUUGUACAUUCUGGCGAUAAUCACGGCGGGCAUUAUGUUGUGUUCAUUAAUCCUAAGGGUGAUGGCAAGUGGUGCAAGUUUGACGACGAUGUGGUGUCACGCUGUACGAAGCAGGAAGCCAUCGAGUACAACUAUGGUGGACAUGACGAGGAUAUGACCCUGACAGUGCGUCACUGCACAAACGCUUACAUGUUGGUCUACAUUAGAGAUUCACAGUUGAAGACGGUAUUGCAAGAAGUGACUCAAGCUGAUAUACCCACAGAGCUCAGUGAAAGACUGGCAGAGGAAAAGAGAAUUGAGACAAUACGUCGCAAGGAACGCAAUGAAGCACACCUGUAUAUGAACGUAAAUGUUGUGCUUGAGGAGGUGUUCGACGGGCACCAGGGUAAUGAUCUGUACGAUCCUGAACGAGCACACUACAGGGUGUUCAGAGUUCGUAAGCAGGCCACUGUCACCGAGCUCAUGGAGAUGUUGGCAGAAAACUUCAGAUACCCGCUUAAACAUAUCCGUCCAUGGCCGUUCAGUGCGCGUUCUAAUAAUACCUGCAGACCAACGUGCCUGGACAUUGUUAAUGAUCAACAGAAGACAGUGGUUGAUAUUUCUGAGAACAUGAAUCCAUGGAACAUAUUCUUGGAAAUGUUGCCUCCGGAUUCUGGUUUUAGUGCCUUGCCCCCCUUCGACAAAGAGAAUGAUGUUGUGCUGUUCUUCAAGUACUAUGAUCCCAAACAGAAGCGCAUACACUACUGCGGCCACCAUUACCUCCCUAUCGCGAGCAAGCCCGCGGAUCUUAUACCAAUACUCAAUAAACGUGCAGGUUUCCCACCUGAUACACCUCUCGUCUUGUAUGAAGAGAUCAAACCCGACUUUGUGGAGAAGAUCAACAAUUUCAAUGAUCCUCUUGAAAAGGUAUUGGACGAACUGAUGGACGGCGACAUCAUCGUGUUCGAGCGGGCCGACCACCGCCACGACGAGCUCGAGCUGCCAACCUGCCAGGACUACUUCAAGUACAUAUUCUACAAGGUCGAGGUGCAGUUCAUUGACAAGACUGUGCCAAAUGACCCUGGGUUCACAAUGGAGCUGUCAAUGCAAAUGCGCUAUGACCAAAUGGCUCGGGCAGUGGGACAGCGAUUGAAUGUCGACCCAUACUUAAUACAGUUCUUUAAAUGUCAAAAUUACAAAGAUACUCCAGGACCUCCACUUAGAUACUCGUAUGAUGGGAUCCUUAAAGAUUUGCUAGUGUACUGUAAACCAAAGUGCCCUAAGAAACUGUUCUAUCAAAUAUUAUCUAUUAAAGUUAAUGAAUUGGACAACAAGAAGCAAUUUAAAUGUUUAUGGGUUGGGCCCAAUUAUAAAGAAGAUAAAGAAUUAAUUUUAUAUCCAAAUAAGGGAGGUAAAGUUGCGGAUAUCUUAGAAGAAGCAGCAAAGGUUGUUGAAAUGUCACCAGAUGGUUCAGGAAGAUUAAGGAUCGUCGAGGUGUCGUGUCACAAGGUAUUACCAGGUCCAGACCCAGAACUGACACUGGACCAGGUGACCAUAUCUCCACCAAGACUGUACAGAAUAGAGGAGAUACCCAAGGACGAAUUGCAUUUGCAGGAUGACGAGGUGCUGGUACCGUGCGCGCACUUCCACAAGCAGGUGUACGCGACCUUCGGCAUCCCGUUCUAUACGCGCGUCAAGCACCUCGAGCCCUUCCAGGCCGUUAAGGACCGCCUGCAGAAGAAACUCGACAUACCUGACAAGGAGUGGGAAAAGUACAAUUUUGCUAUAGUGACAAAUGGCAGACCUAUUUACAUAAGCGAAGGAGUGACUAUUAAUAUAUUCGACUUCAGGCCAAGCGGUAACGCAAAUCUGUCCCUUCCAGACGCGACGGGAAGGCCGUGGCUGGGGCUCGAGCACAUCAACAAGACACCGAAGCGCUCCCGUAUCAAUUACUUAGAAAAAGCCAUCAAGAUAUAUAACUGA